AUGUCCACAGUCCCGGAGACAAGGAAGCCGGCAACACCACCAGAAAGCAGCGCCGAUGACAACGCGACAAGCUCCCCGGUGGUACUUAUAGAUGAUACAGAAGAAGGGUAUGUUACGGGCGUGAGACUGGCAGUCAUUAUAGGCAGCGUAUCUCUCGCUUGUUUCUUGAUGCUGGUGGACACCAUGAUUAUCAGUACGGCUAUCCCACGCAUCACAGAUACCUUCAACUCUCUGCCUGAUGUUGGUUGCGCUGCCCCUCAGCCGCUCACAGGAAAGAUAUAUACGCACUUCAAUCUGAAGUGGUCAUUUCUGUUUUUCUUCGGCGUCUUUGAGCUGGGCUCGGUGUUGUGCGGGGCCGCUGUGUCGUCAAACAUGCUCAUCGUCGGCCGUGCUGUUGCUGGGAUCGGGGCCGCAGGCCUCAUCAACGGUUCCAUUACCAUUAUAUCCGCUUGUGCUCCCAUGGCGAGGCGCCCAGUAAACUCUCUUGGCCUAGUUGUUGGGCCUCUUCUCGGAGGCGUCUUCACCUCGUACAGCACAUGGCGAUGGUGCUUUUACGUCAACCUUCCGAUCGGAGCUGUGGCGGCCCUUGGCCUUGGUAUGCUUAGAAUACCAGAGCAAACGACCAAGCCAAGGGCCUUGGUCGUCCUCCCGAAGCUACACCACUAUCUGGACUUGAUUGGUUUUGCGUUGUUUGCCCCUGCAGUGUUACAGUUCCUCCUCGCACUCCAGUACGGCGGGAACGAGCACCCAUGGGGCUCCUCACAGGUGAUUGGCCUCUUCUGCGGCUCCGGUGCCACCCUCACUGUCUGGUUCUUUUGGAACCGUCAUAAGGGAGACGAAGCCUUACUUCCAGGCUCCUUGGUCGGACGGAGGAUAGUUUGGUCGGCAGGUCUCUACCAAGCUUCCCGUUUCGCUGCCAUGUAUGGGGGCGCCUACUUUCUCCCAAUCUACUUCCAGGCUAUCAAUAAUGCUACGGCGAUGCUGAGCGGGGUGUACCUGCUGCCGACCAUACUACCGCAGCUUGUCAUAAUUGGAUUAGUCAUUCCCAUUGCUAUCUUCUCUACCGUUCUUCUCUCCGUCAGCAGUGGGUUAUAUUCACUGCUGCAGCCUGGCACAGCCAGCGGCAUGUGGAUCGGGUUCCAACUCAUGGCAGGAAUCGGCACAGGUGCCAGUAUGCAACUGGCCAUCAUUGCGGUGCAGGCAGCCGUGUCCGAGCGAGAACUCGCCACGGCAAUGGCCUUCCUAGUAUUUGCCCAGGCCCUAGGUCCGGCCAUAGCGCUGGCCCUGUGUAACGUCCUCUUUGACGCCAGUCUCAGGGCCCAGCUCCCCCGGGAGUCACCGCACGCUGAUGCGGAUGCCAUCAUCCAGGCGGGGGCUACGGGGUUCCGGGCCAUCGUGCAACCUGCUGACCUGCCAGGAGUCUUGGUGGCUUAUGCCAACAGUAUCGAUCAGGUCUUUUACCUGGUUGCUGCUAUGGCUUCUGUCGGCGGAAUCGUCCUCUGGGGAAUGGGGUGGCAAGAUCUCAGGAAAAUUGAGAAAAGCGAAAGGGGCAAAGACACUAUAGCGCAGACUGCAGGAAAGGAGGCAUGA